AUGAGAUACAAGGAUUUAUUAAACACUAAUGAUAUCCUUCGUUUGUUAACUAAGCAGUUAAAUUUUAAUCUAAAACAGGCCAAAGACAUAUUUAAUUUUUGGGCUCAGUAUAAGAAAAUCAGCCUGGAAGAAGCAGUGGAAGAAAUUGGCCAAAUGGGCUAUUUUUCUCUUUCAAUCCUACAAGAGAAGAAAAAGCAGGAACAAAAAGAGAAAAAUAAAGUCUUUUAUUUACUUUCUCUCAUCACUGAUAUUUACCAACAUAACCUAUUUACGCAACCAGGUCGGGAAAAAAAUGAUAACUUUUCUCCUGAAGAUUUACUAGCCACUAAUCUGGGAAAAUUAGUGGCCUUUGCUGCUCGAAAAAUUGGAAAAAUACCACCUGGAGAAGGAAAAUAUAAAUAUUUGCCUAGUAAUCAAUACUAUCAAAAAUCAUUUUUGUUAUAUAAUUAUCAAUCAGCAAAAAAAAGCCGAGCAGAAGAAUGUUAUUUAGUAGAAGGAUUUUUUGACGUCAUUAGUUUGAGUAAGUUAGGAAUAGAAAAUUGUGUGGCUCUGCUAGGAACUAAUUUAUCGGAAGAACAAAUUAAACUUUUAACCGAAUUGAAAAAGCGAAUUAUUCUCUUUUUAGAUAGCGACGAAGCCGGACAAGAGGCCACGGUCAAUGUAGCCGUAAAAUUAUUAUUACAAGAAAUUGACUGCGAAGUGGUAAAAAAUGAUUACCAGGGCGACCCAGAUGAAAUUUGCCGUCAACAAGAGAGAGAAAAUAUUCAGGCCAUACUCCAAAACCGAGAAAAUCCCUACUCAUUUAUUCUCAACCACUAUUUUGCCAAGUGA